UUUAGCAUAGAAGCCCAUUAAAAAGUUUGUGGGUUCCGUUGCAGUUGUUCGUUUCCGUCGUUGCAGUGUCUCUGAUCCGACGUCUCUGACCGAGUUUUCGAGCUCAUCUUCUUCGUUGUCGACGUUUUGAAAGUUGAAGACAUUUAGGGACGCCUAAUUUCAAAGUUCCAACCAAUCCCAGCUUUUCAGAGCUUAACCUACAUCUCCGAAAUCUCUUCAUACCUUCCUAUUCGGAACCCUAAUUUGCUGCCAUGACGGAAUACUGGGUGAGCCAAGGUAAUAAAUGGUGUGACUUUUGUAAAAUUUAUAUAUCGAACAAUCCUUCGAGCAUUAGAAAUCAUGAACUUGGUCAACGCCACAAAGAUAAUGUCGCCAAGAGGCUAGCUGUUAUGCGAAAGGAGAAUGUUGCUAAGGAGAAAGAGCAGAAGGAAACAGCUCGCGCCCUCGAGCAAAUUGAAGCGAAAGCACAACGCAGCUAUCAAAAGGAUAAAGCAAAGUUUGAGGAAACCAGAGAAUCUCAUGAGUUGGAUGACGAAGAAUGGCAGUUCGAUGACAGUUCAGGUUACUACUACCAUAAAACAAAUGGAUUUUGCUAUGAUCCAAAAUCAGGGUUUUACUAUUCUGAUGCUAUAGGGAAGUGGGUGACUCAGGAAGAAGCAUAUGCCUCACCUCAGUUUUUGUCAAAUGCUGGGAUCAGUGGAUCAAAUUCAAAGUCUUUGUCAACUUCACAAUCAAAAUCAAUUGAAAAGAAAACAGAAAAUAAAUCUCAAAAUGGACCUUCACCAGGGCCAAUUGUUAGUUCUUCUUUGAAUCCCAAAAGAAAUGUGAAGGGUGCCCCUUCAUCUCUUACUGUUGGCAAGAGAAAGAGACCUGAAGAGAAGUCCAAAGCCAAGGUUAUCUCCGAAGAAGAGAAAGCAGCUCUUAAGGCAAGAGAAGCUGCAAGGAAAAGAGUAGAAGAGAGGGAGAAAUCCUUGCUUGGUUUAUACGGUAAACCUUACUAACUUUGGGAAAUUACGUUAACACAUUUCCUCUUCACCCUAAAUUUUGUGGGUUAUACUUCCUUUGCUUUGUUCCCUUGAGGUAGAUGUUGUAAUUCUCCAUGUGAUUGCACCUUGUAAAAUUAAAAUGUUCCAUUUCUUUUAUACUUGCAUAUAUUUUUUGGCCAUUUUGCAUGCAUAUUAACCUCGCUUAUAAUUUUCGAGGAUGAUUGCAUAUCACAUCACUAAUGUGGUUUUCACAUGCACUUGGGCAUACUACACUAUACAUCAUGAUAAUAUAUUUGUUUCCGCUCAUAUAACUUAAAAUUAGCAUGAAAAUAAAUCUACCUGACCGUCUGAAAUUAUUU